AUGAAUCUGAACGAUAGCGAGGAAUCUUACAACAAAGUUUAUGCUGGUGAACAUCAUCACAAAAAACACUGGACACAUGAAUUAGUCGCUGCAGCUGCUGGUUUCGCUGCAAUGAAAGAGUAUGAAGAUUACUGCCGAAAUAAUGGUGAGACAAUCUCGCAUGGUAAAAUGAAAGAAUUGCUUGCUGCUUUUGCGGCUGCGGAAGUCGACAAAUUAGUCGAGACGAAAGGUCUCGACUUUCUUGAUCAAGAAAAACUGAAACACCUCGCUGCUCAUCAGGCACACGCGUUAGCAAAUGAAAAAUAUGGAGAAGGUCAGGUAGGACCCGGCAGUGGGCAAAAUGAUUAUUAG